UGGUGCGGAGAUGCUACUCUGGAGGCCGGGGACAGGAAGACGGCUGCGGGAGCCACGGCCUCAGAAACUCGGUUCCGCGAGCGCUCAAGGCUAAAGACAUCGGACUUUCCCCCAAGUGUGGCACGCACAACAGCCUCCAUCAUUUCCGUACCCGAGGACUUCUGCAAGGGACCUGGAAAGUCCAGUGAAGAAACCCUCCUGAUCUCUUGGACCAAGAGCAGAUGCGUACGUUUUCUCCAGCAGGAAAUCCCAAGGUUCUUAUGCCUGGAAACCGGAGGUUAAAACCGUACCCCAGCAACACAGUCACCCUAAAGUGUCUUAUCCUCUAACUGAAGAGAGCGUCCACCCAACUCCUCCCUCGCUGCCCCUCUUAGUUCACCCAAUAAGCGCAAGCCCUCCAAAGAAAAAUUCCAGCGGAAGAGGUCUCUUCUAUGGAAAAGUGACUGUCUCUCGCCAAGAGCAGGGAAAGCUCUCGGUAGAGGAAGUAGAGGACUCCUGGCACAGGAAUCGCCACCCCUGCCUGCUCUCCGCACCAGCUUCCCAAGACCGCUCAGAAGAAAAGGGUACGGCGCUGGGCAGGGACAGGGUGUGCGGGUAUGAAGCUGGAGGUGUUCAGCCCCCGCGCGGCCCACGGGGACAAGCCGAGUAGUGACCUGGAGGGCGCAGGCGGUAGCGACGCGCCCUCCCCGCUGUCGGCAGCCGGAGACGACUCCCUGGGUUCGGACGGGGACUGUGCGGCCAACAGCCCAACUGUGGGCGGUGGCAAGCGGAAUGCGAGAGGUGAGCCUGCGGCGGAGGAGGAGGGCCCGGCGGCAGCGACGGCGGGGGUCGUAGAGGCGGGAGCGGCUGGGCCCAGGGCGGAGACCGCGGCAGGCGGUGAGGGCGGGCGCAGCAAGCCUUACACAAGGCGGCCCAAGCCCCCAUACUCGUACAUCGCGCUCAUCGCCAUGGCCAUCCGCGACUCCGCGGGUGGACGCCUGACGCUGGCCGAGAUCAACGAGUACCUCAUGGGUAAAUUCCCUUUUUUCCGCGGCAGUUACACGGGCUGGCGCAACUCUGUGCGCCACAACCUCUCGCUCAAUGACUGCUUCGUCAAGGUGCUGCGCGACCCCUCGCGGCCUUGGGGCAAGGAUAACUACUGGAUGCUUAACCCCAACAGCGAGUACACCUUCGCCGACGGGGUCUUUCGCCGCCGCCGCAAGCGCCUCAGCCACCGGGCCGCGGCCCCCCAACCCGGACUGCAGCUAGAGGAGGCUGCGGCGCCGCCACCGGCGCCCGCCGACCUGGGCUCGCCCCAAGCAAGGUCCCCCGCCCUACAGGAGGGGCGCGUCAGCCCGAUGGGCAAGUUCUCCAGCUCCUUUGCCAUAGACAGCAUCCUCAGCAAGCCCUUCCGCAGCCGUCGCGACGCAGACACGGCUUCCGAAGUGCGGCUGCCUUGGGGCUCCACGCCCUGCGCGCCGCUGCCCGCAUAUCCCGCACUUCUCCCCAGAGCGUCGGCUGGGGCACUACUGCCGCUCUGCGCGUACGGUGCGGCCGAGCCCGCGCUGCUGUGCACUCGCGAAGCCGAGGCGCCGCCGCCAGCGCCGCAUCUUCUGCUUGCGCCCUUCUCCGCCUCGGCCCCUGCCAAGCCUUUCCGAGGCCCGGCGAACUGCGGCGGCGGCACGCACCUGUACUGCCCCCUGAGGCUGCCCGCGGCCCUGCAGGCAGCCUCGGCCCGCAACCCGGGCCCACACCUGCCCUACCCCGCGGAGACGCUCUUGGCCUGAGCAGCGCGCCUGAACCCCGCCAGGGUAGGCUCCAUCGAGGAAGACGGUAUCGCAGGUUAAGGGCUGUGCACUUUCUGUCCAGAGAAAGUAAGACUUUAAAAGAAAAUUCUCCAUCAAACAUGCCUUAAAGCUAAAGGAUUUUUGACAGAAGUUUUAACUUAGUCCAGAAUAUUUCCUUCCUCUUUUGUAACUCUACAGAGGACCAAAGCAAUUUUUCAGAAUUGUUAGAGUUUCUUUACCAAGCCUGUUCCCUAACUCCCUCCCUCCCUUCACAGACUUUUCCUCUCUUUUUACUCCCCAGGAACCCCCUCAUUCCUACGAUUUUUGUCGCACGUUCCAUUGAUUUGUUACUAACCAAAAAAAAAAAACAGGAAAAAGUACAUCAGGGAACCAUUCCAUAUGAUAAAUGAUAUGACUACUGUUCGGGGUUUACUGGGCCCUGUUCCAUGAGUAUGUAUGUGUAAUUUACAGGUAUGACUGAAUGUGAGAGAGGUGUCAGAGAAUCUUAAGUCAUUUCUCUGCUAUUGACAAAAAUGCUUCACUGUGCCAAAAGAUUUAAAUAUAUAUAUAUGUAUAGAGUUGGGUUUUGUAAUUAAAUUAUUUAUAUAUUUUUGAAACCUGAAUUGAAUGUUGCAGGCAACGGGCUACAGCUUUAUUAGUGGUUUGGUGAUCUCUAACUGGCCUCCUUGGGCCAAGCAGUUUCUUCAAAGGAAAAGUUAGCGUGUAUGUGGGGUGCCAGCACCACUGCCGCGUGAAAGCAAGUGUGAUUUUUAUUUUUAAUAUUAUUUUAUUUGUAUCCAUGUACAUAUUCGUGUAUAAAUUUUAUGAAACCCAGGGA